AAAACAUUGACUCCAACCACCUGCCUUGCUGACGUCGCAGCCAUUGUUGGAAAAGGGUGGCCAUCCACUCAACCAUCCACUACUCCAUCCAUCUGGACCAUCCAGGUUGCUCCAGAGGUACCAGAAGCUUCAAAUAUCUGUUUGCUGCUAUGUAAUGGUAUUUUAGCAGCUGCCCUCUUGAUCCGAUGCAUGGAUCUGGGCAGAAAAGAACUCUUCCUCAAUGUGUGCCUUUAUCUGCACGAAACCCGUCUGUGCUCUGAAUCAGCCACAAAAAUCUCUUAAUAGUGCGAUGAUCACGCUUAAGUUUUCGUGAAAAUAUCUAAUGUUUUUCAUACCUCGGUUCCAAAGGCAUUGAACUAUUUCACAUCUUUUCGGCAGCAGAGAGAUCCUUUUUCUCUUCCCAU